GUUUUAAUCUUCCAAAAAAAAAGAGGUUAUUUGGGAAAGAUAAAAACAAGUAAGUUGAUGUGGGGAUUUUUCAUUAUAAAUAGAGGCGUGUAUUGGUUCAUUCCCUCACAUCCCAUCAACAAACAAAUUUGAUAAAUUAACUCUCAAAAGAAAUCUUCCAUUCAAUCCUGCGACGGAGCCAUGGACAACCGUUCAUCCAUUUCUAAGAUGGUUCUCAUUGUACCAAUACUUUUUUUAGCUAUUUCUGCUUCAGCAUCAAGCAUUACUGAGACCAAUCCAGAAAUGGAGAAAAUAGUAUCAGCAAUGAUUGAGGAUCCACUUGUGGCUGUUGCUGCGUACUUACGUCAGCAAGAAGAAGGUAUUGAAUCCAGAAUUAGGUGCAAGGCACACGGGCAAUACUGUACUGUUGGGAAGGAGUAUGAGUGCUGUUCCGGGACUAAAUGCAUCCAUUACAACAUGUCUUGGGGACUCUGCAUCAAACAAGGUUAAUACGCCUUACCAUACUAAGCUAGUCAGUCCUGGGGCCGGGCCUGCUCAGUCUUGCUUUUUUAAGAUCAUCAUCUUCAUAGUGCUGCUUCCUGUUCUCUUCAAUCUUUUUACUUUCUUAUUUUACUAAUGUUUGUAUUACUUACUUAUUCAUCAUCUUUGUUCAUAAGCUGAUGCUUGUCUACUUGUUCAUAAUAAAGCCUCCAGGAUUUUAUGUUAUUA